AUGGAACCAAAAGCCUUAGAAAUAUGUUCUUACAACCUAAACAAUGGGCUACAAGCCAGCAGGUUACAAUAUCAUCUGGCCUCAUGUAGAAAGAAAAAUCCAAAUGUAACUAGAAAGAUGGCUAAUGGCAAAUAUAAUGCUUGUCAUGUUGUCCUAAUCAAAAGGCUCAAGGAACAUGAAGCUAACUGUGUCAAUAGAAUUGCCAAUGGUGAACAGCCAUUUAAUCUUCCAAAAGUGAUUUCCCUGCAUUUAGAACCAACUGAAAAACUUUCUAAUGCUGACAAUCAGAUUCCUGACCCUGACAUCUGGAACAUAGGUGAGCAAGGGUGA